AUGUCGUAUAACAAGUAUAACACCCGUAAUUCCGGACGCUUUAAUACACCGGGUACCUUCGUGACUGCUGGAAACCUGGGCGGCGGAUCACAAGGGAGCUAUGGCAAUAUGGGACCUCCACAACCACCACCGAGUAUGCAAUUCAACAAACCUUUAACUCAAAAUAUGAACUUCAACAAUACACAGAACUCCCAAGCACCUUUUGCAGCACCGAUAAAGGUGUCGCAGUCGCCGUCCUUAGACAUGAAUAUGGAUAAAGAAUCUGACAUGACUUUGGACACCCUGGACUCGUCCAACGCGGACGACGCGCCCGCGAGGCCGCACUGGAUGAAGUCCAAGUUAGUUGGCGGUGAGUGGCAACAUGUUGUAGAUAUACAUACA